AUGGAAAAUCUGAAUGUCAAAACUGUGAUGAAGUACGUAAACUUGCUUGGAUUUGCUACAAAAGUUCCAAUGUUACUUCUAGAGUAUUACAAUCAAUGGGCGGAUCAUAUGGAAGACAAUCUCAAUGGGAUUGAUGUAGAUAUCUGGCGAUCUAUUGAAAAAGGACCUUAUCAUGCAGAUCUUAUUCAAGUGGUUGGAAAUGCUUGUAUUGCUGAAGACAUGAUUGCUCAAGGCAACAAUAAGAAGGCGAAUGACGAAAGAUGUCUCUGUGAGCUGCCAGGAGCUUUGCCACUAGUUGUUUACAACUAUGUUUGA